AUGAAUGAAAGUACACUUGUCAUUCGUGGAGAGAAGGUUCCGUCGCGAAAUGUAGGCGGUGUUGGUUUUGUUGUGCACCCAUAUGUUGUCCAUCUCGUCGAUUCUCACGAGAUCCUGUCACCUCGUCUGGCCAUUCUUCGCCUCCGCCCUCUGCGCCAAAAACCCAUCAGUAUCAUCAACUGCUACUCACCAAGAUCAGCAGCUGAUGAAUCCGAAUUGGACACGUUUUACGAGGAGCUGGAGGAGAAAUUCGUUGUCGGAGACUUCAACGCAAAACUAGGAAAGGCCACAGAAGAGGAAUACAGGAUUGGAAGAUUUGGACUAGAAGACCGGAAUGAAAAUGGCAAUCGUCUCGCCGGACUGUUGUCCGCCGCUCGCCUCUUUCAUGGGAACUCUCUUUUCAUGAAAAAAGAUCAUCGUCGUGGCUCUGAUCACCGUCUCCUUCGUGCGAAAAUACGACUUAGCCACACGAUGGAAAAGAACAUCUGCUAUCGACAACGAAGAAGAAAAGAAGUUGUCUACGACGAUUGCGUACUCGAGGAUUCCUUGUUCCAAGGUGACUGGCACAUCGAGGAGGAUCCAAACGUGGACUACGAGGCGCUGCUCAGAGGAUUACGAGUCUGUGCUGAACGUGCCUCGAAGCCGCGCAUGACAAACUUGGAUCGAAUUUCGGAGACCACCAAGGAAUUGUUGGAAAGAAGAAGGGCUCUGAGGCAUGAUCCGAAUGCAUCGCACAUUGAGCAGUUAGUAGCAAACACUAGCUGCAGAGAAGCGUUGCAGGAGGAUCUUUUGAAGUACAGGCAGAAGAAGAUUCUGGAAGCAGCACAAAGAAGAACUAAAGAAGUGCCGCAUCGUUCCCUUUUCGAGCAGUACCAAUGA